CUCUGAAGCCCAAACUCGAAGAAUUUUUUUACUCUCAGAAAAUUUAAAAUAAAAUACAAAUUUAACUUAAUUCCCAAAGUAGGUAUUCAAAUUAAUGUGUAAUACGUAAGACGUUUUAUAGGUACAUUCACAAUUUCUUAGUUGGUUUCUAUUGGAAAAAGUCAAAAUUUCAUAAUGGUACAAUAUGAUGAAAACUUACUAUCGGAUAUGUUGCCAAUAUACUAUUCUAGGCUAUUUCCACAAAGUCUUUUUUGCAGAUGGUUAUCAUGUGGAAAUUAUCCACAACCACUCGCCAACAGAGAAUUAUCAUUUACUUUAGCAGAAGAUAUUUAUCUAAGAUAUCUGUCUAUAAACAACCAGAAGGAAUUACAAACAUUAUUUCAGAAAAAAUGUCCAUAUAAAUUAGAUAUUGGGCCUGUGUAUAAUACUAAACCAUCUAUAGGUCGGCAUGAUGCGAUUGUGCUGGCCAGGGAGCUUGUAUUUGAUAUAGAUCUAACAGAUUAUGAUGAAGUAAGAACAUGUUGUCAAGAAGCAAAUGUGUGCGACAAGUGUUGGAAGUUCAUGGUUGUAGCAUGUGAAAUUAUUAAUGUUGCUUUAAAAGAUGAUUUUGGUUUCCAACACAUAUUGUGGGUGUUUUCUGGUAGGCGAGGUAUUCAUUGCUGGGUGUCAGAUUAUGAAGCCAGGACCUUGGAUAGUCCAGGUAGAGCUGCAGUUGCAGAUUACAUGUGUCUAAUAACAGGCGGAGAUAAUCAAUACAAAAAAGUUCAUUUGGGAAGUGAUAAUUUGCAUUCUAGUAUCAAGAGAUCAGUCAAUAUAAUUGAUAAAUAUUUUAAUGAUAUAAUGGAAGAACAGGAGUUCCUAUCAACACCAGAAAGACUAAGCAGCUUUGUAAAAAUUAUUCCCGAUGAAACACUAAGAAAACAAGUAGAAGAGACAUUAAAGAAAAUGCCAGCAUCAUCACCAGAACGAUGGGAAACAUUUGUAAAUCUUUAUCACCAACAUUGUAAACAAAAUGGAAGUGCUAUGCGAAAGCUGAAGUACUUAAUAGAGGAGAUGAAAAUCCAGUAUUGCUAUCCAAGGCUUGAUGUUAAUGUAACUAAAGGAUUUAAUCAUUUACUAAAAUCACCAUUUAGUAUACAUCCAAAAACAGGGAAAGUAUCUAUUGUAUUUAAACCAGAAAAUGCUAAGAAUAUGAAAUUAGAUGAUAUUCCCACAAUCAAUUCAUUGCUUGAUGAUAGUUCAAAGGAAAAUGCGCAACAUUCAGCAAACAUGAGAACUGCUACAAAGAAUUUUCAAGAAGUUGUGUUUACUUUGGAAAAGACUGAAGCCAUGAGAAGGAAAAAUGAACCUAGUGUAUCUAUUGAUUUUUAAUAUGGAAAUUAUCAGAGGAAAAAAGAAAAACGUGGAUUCUCUUAUAUUUUUAUUAAUUAAUAAAAAAUGCACAUAAAAUAUAUCUCUAUUAUAAUUUUCAGUAAUUGGUCAGAUCCAUUCGUCUAUGUAUGUCGUAUUAUCUCAGUAUCUUCUAAAUAUCUUAGGACCUCAUCCUUCAAGUAAUUAUUAUUAAGCACGAAAUA